UCAUGUCCACAUACUGCCUACCACACUGUUUAAAUUGUGUUAUGCAGAAUAUAAGGGAGCUACUUACGCUGAAAGUCGGGAAGUCUGGAUAAAGCUGCUUACUAAUCGAUUCACUUUGAAAUUUGUUCGUGCACAGUUUAUAUUAGAAACAGUCUGCCACAGGAAGACACUGCUGCACUGCAGAAACGCUGGUGCAUGUGUUGCAGUCCCGCUGCUGGACUGGUUUGAGAAGUAAUGAAGAUGGGAACAGCGUUAAUCUAUGAUGAGGAGAUGACCAAUUACAAACUGCUCUGGGUUGAUCCAGCAUGUAAGAUCGAAGUACCUGAGCGUCUGACAGUGAGUCAUGAAGCUUUGGUCAAGAGCAGUCUGGCUGAUCGCUGUGUGUCCGUACCGGUACGUGAGGCGACAGAUGCAGACAUUCUGCUGGUUCACAGUGAGGAAUAUCUGGAGGCAGUGAAGAAGACCCCUUACAUGACUCUGGAGGACCUGAAGGAGUUCACCCUCCAAUACGGCGACGUCUACUUCCACCCAAACAUCUAUCACUGUGCCAAGCUGGCUGCAGGAGCCGCUCUGCAACUGGUGGACAGUGUUAUGACGGGGAAGGUGAGGAAUGGCAUGGCUCUGGUCAGACCACCAGGACACCACAGUAUGCGCAGUGCUGCCAAUGGUUUCUGCGUGUUCAACAAUGUGGCCAUAGCAGCUCGAUAUGCAAAGCAAAAAUAUGGAGUAAAAAGGGUGUUGAUAGUUGACUGGGAUAUACAUCAUGGUCAAGGGGUCCAGUACUGUUUUGAGGAUGAUCCAAGCGUGCUCUACUUCUCAUGGCACCGCUAUGAGCAUCAGAAAUUCUGGCCUCAACUUAGAGAGUCAGACUUUGACAAUGUCGGCAAAGAGAGAGGGGCUGGAUUCAAUAUAAAUGUGCCAUGGAACAAGGUGGGAAUGCAGAACAGAGACUAUCUGUCAGUCUUCUGUCAUCUCCUUCUGCCGGUGGCGUACGAGUUUUGCCCAGACUUGGUGUUGGUGUGUGCGGGCUUUGACUCAGCCAUCGGUGACCCAGAGGGGGAAAUGUGCGCCACUCCAGACAUAUUUGCCCACCUCACUCACCUUCUGAUGAACCUUGCGGGAGGCAAAUUGUGUGCUGUGCUGGAGGGAGGCUACAACUUGACUUCCCUCGCCCAGUCUGUGUGUCAGACAGUUCAAACGUUGCUUGGAGAUCCUGCACCUCGACCUGCAAACCUCUAUGGUCCCUGUACAAGUGCACUUGAGUCCCUUCACUGUGCUCGAUCAGCUCAUAGACAGUACUGGUCCUGCCUCAAACAUGCAGCUGAUCUACCCUCCUCUGAUAUCAGCACCAAGCGCAUUAAACUGGCAGAAGAAGAAGAAGAAAACACAGUGGAUAAAGGAGAAGAAAAGAAAAGCGCAGAGGAAAAGGUGUGGCCAGAGCCUCCGAGACGAGUCACUCCUGCUGUUCGUGCUGCUGUGGUGCUCCCUGAUGGUGUCGCCUGCCCUGACGGAUGUAAACACUUUGUUUCAUCAGAGGAUAUCCCCCUGCUCAUGGUCGACAACCUCAAAGAGAAUUUCCUUGAAGAUGUAGAGGACAGUGAUGCUUCCUCCACCCUCUCCAGUCUUAUUGCCCUUGUAGAGAAAAUGAUAAAGAAUGAGAUCUGCAGCGGCUUGGCGCUGGUCCAUGACGUCUCCAUGGUGAUGAAGUCUGUUGUCCAGUAUGCUGUAUCUGCACUCAGGAACCGGGUUUUGGUUGUGUGUGUCGGAGACGGGAAAGUCCCGAGUCACAUCACUGAAGACGGGGAAACAGUUGUGGUGCAGUUCAGCGACAAGGAGUCAGACGAAAAGAUGUGCAAAUAUUACAUUCCCGUGUGUCUGAAGAAGGGCCUCAGUGACGUGUCCGGGUUCAUACAGGCCGUGUUGGGCCUCCUCCUGCCUCUGGGAUACGAGUACAACCCCAGUCUGGUUCUGUUGGUUCGGAUGUCAGAUAAUGGACUGUCUGAGAGUGUGUGGCUACAGCUAACAGGUCUGCUGCAGGGCCUCGCACAAGGACACAUGCUGGUACUCAUGCAGGAAGGUGAGGAGGCAUGUGUCGGGCCUACAGCUUCCUCCCUCCUCGGGGACCCUGCCCCUUCUUUAGGACAGCUUUCAGCCCCUCCACCGGAGGAUGUGGAGUCUGUGGAGAGCCUGAGACACAGGCUGAAGGCUGACUGGAAACUACUACAGACCACAGCACAAGAUACUUGAAGAGGUGCAGAGCACUGAAGCUGAUCCUGCUUAUUUUUGUAAAAAAAAAAAAAAAAAUCUGAUGAAGCAUUUCAAAAGUCUUGAUACAAUUUUGUAUUUUUUCUAAGUUUUAUUGUUUGAAAUUGAAAUGAUUGAAAUUCAUGAAAAUAUUGUAAAUGCCAUGGUUGAUUAAUCUGCAUUGACAGGGUUUUGAUACGUAGAUUAACACACGGCAACAGCUCUGCUGUAAUGCUGUAAACCUUUGUUUACAUCAACAAUGUUUGGGACAUUCGCAGUUUAAUGAAUUCUGAUGAGGUGAAAAACACAUGGUAUUUUCUUCCAUCUGUAAAUCAAACACUAAUGUUUUUAUGAAUAGACCGAAUCGACCUUUAAAUAAUGAAAAGAUGAUAGUAAUUGAAAUAAUGUAGACCCUUAAAAAUGAGAGAGCACUAGCUAACAGCUGACAAUAAUUUGUCAUUACUUUAAUAUAAACCCAGUUCUAGUCUCGUUACUUAAAGCCUUUAAUAUUAUUGUUUUUAUAAUUUGUUUCUACAUUUUUAUAAAUGAUACCAAAUUACUAAAUAAAAUCCUAAAAAGUAAAUUUGAAAUAACUUUUAUAUUGACCUCAUGACAACCAACUGACGUUCAUGUGUGGUUUGUAAAUUGGUGAUGUGAUGUUUGUCUCAAUAGAGUGUCUGAACUUCAGCCUUCUUCUCUGUUGAUUUGAUGCAAUGACAGAAAUAAAAGCCCAGUUUUGAGAGGAGGUGACAGAAACACCAAAACAUUAUUCUAUUUGCCAAACAGCAAAUGUGGUCGCCAAAGGGUCGCCCGAACACUUCAGGCAACCUUUACACUGAAAGAUAAAUGAUGAAGAUGUAAGAAGAACCAGAAAUCAGUAAGUGAAUGCAUCUGAAGCUCUGAUCACUACAUCACUGCAUUUACAGCCUCAGAGAGCACUGUUGGCAGAUGUGCAUCAAAUCAAUGGAGAAAAACUGCAGCAGUUGCAGCUCAGCCACAUUUCACAGUCUUCAUUUCUUCACCAAAAGUUAAAAGGUGGACUAUUGAGAUUAAAUUCUUUCCA